AUGCUGCAGAGAGGAGUCAAGCCUGAUGUUGUUACGUUUUCGACUUUGAUUAGGUGUGCUUCUGUUUGUUCUCUGCCUCACAAAUCCGUGGAGUUGUUUGAGAGGAUGCCUUCUUUUGGGUGUGAGCCGGAUCAUAAUGUGUCGUCGUCGAUGAUUUAUGUUUAUGCUCGCACAGGUAAUGUUGAUAUGGCUUUGAAAUUGUAUGAUGAUGCGAAAAAUGAGAAGUGGCCUGGAUUACUUGCAAUACAACUUACAGCUGUAUUCAAGAAUCUGCAUCCACCAUCCUGUGCAAAGGAAAGUAGCACAUGCAUUGGACCAACAGCGGGACAAAUGACGUUUCUAUUUUCUGGGUUUUGCUUACUCUUGAUAGGUGCUGCAGGGAUUCGACCGUGUAAUUUAGCAUUCGGUGUUGAUCAAUUCAAUCCAAAAACAGAAUCAGGAAAGAAAGGAAUCAACAGUUUCUUCAAUUGGUAUUAUUUCACCUUCACUUUUGCUCAGAUGAUUUCUUUGUCAUUGAUUGUGUAUGUACAAUCAAGUGUGAGCUGGGCAAUUGGUCUUGGAAUUCCUGCUGCAUUGAUGUUGUUAGCUUGUGUGUUAUUUUUCAUGGGUGAUAAAUUGUAUGUUAAAGUAAAACCAAGUGGCAGUCCCAUCAAAAGUAUUGUACAAGUUUUAGUGGUUGCAGUCAAGAAAAGGAGAGUUAAACUACCUGCUCAGCAUCCAAUGCUUUCCCUCUUUGAUUAUGUGCCAUCCAAGUGCGAUUAUCCAAAGCUUCCUCACACAUAUCAAUUCAGGCUCUGUUGCGGUGCUACUUUUAUGUUUGCUGUCUGUAAGGUAAAAUCACUUUUGCUAUGCUUGUUUUGCUUGGAAUUCCGGUAUGCCAUGACGGUUCACGAUACAUCUAGCCAUUAUGGUCUAGAUUCAGGAUUCUACAUGUCAUCUUUUACAGCAACAAUUUUCGUUGUUUCCCUUGUCACUCUUGGAGUUUUACUUAUUACUUUGCUGGUUUCUUUGGUGAUUAUGCUGCAAUCAUGUCAAAGUAAAAGUACUGGAGUUAUUGAACUUGUGAAUAUGAAUAAUUACUACAGUUAUUGCAGGGUGUAUUCUCUGCAUGCUGAGAUCAAUAGGUUAGAGAGAUAUGAUCUUCCAAACAUAUGUAGAGAUCUGACUAUACAUUAUAUCAAAGGAGGGCAUUAUGCCAAAGAGUUGAAUUUAAUUGUGUCUAUGAUCGAUGAUUACUUCAAGAAUCUGAGACCUUCAGACAAUGGUUUGGAUGUGGUGUUGUUGGAUAUAGAUGAUAUUGUUCCUCCAAAUUCGUAUCAGAGGUUUCAUAGGGACGGCAUUAGCAACUGUGUCAAAGAGGCAAAACAUGUAAAGCUCAUGUUUGUUUUAAGAUUAUACAUGAACCUUCAAACUGAUGGGUGGCCUAUAAUUUUGGUAUCAAGAGAACCUGAAAUGUACCAAAAUGUCACCAUUAAUCAUCUUGUUUCUGCAGGAUUUAGAGGUUGGUCUUCCUUGAUGAUGAGAACAGAAGAUUCAGAGUCUACUAAAGGAAAUGAGUACUUUUCUAGGUAA